AUGGGGGUGGGGGCUCCUCCUGCGGCCCCUGCAAGUGCGGCCCAUAUCCUCCAAGUCUCCCAGUGCGAUCAACCGCAGAAGAAGAAGAAGAAGGAGGCCCUGCGGUUUGCUGAGACGGGCGACGCCCUAAGCUGGUGGCGCCGCCGGCGGCGCCGGCGGCGCCGGCGGCUGCACCCCGUCCUCUCCCAGGUGCCGCUGGAGGCGCGGGAACACUGGCCAACGGCUCUGGCUGUACAGUACGUCUGGCUGCAGGCUGAUGACGUCUGUCUCUGGGUUGACACGGGGGUGCCUAGACAGCAGAAACAUCCACACGUUGCCAAUACGCCGCAGUUUGUAUGCAUACAGCACGAUCAAGGAGCGGCUGGAAAACCACAAUAG